AUGUAACCGUGAUUUUGUACCAAACCGUACACAACCGAAUCUAAUCUAAUACAGAUUCAGAGAGUCAACUAUGGCUGCCGGAACCAGAAGAAGAAGAAGACGAAGAACCCAACCCUAACCCCAACCCCAACUCCAACUCCAACCCCAUUGAUUCCUUCCUCCAAUCUCAUCUUCAAAAUCCAAUCCCAACAACCCCCUAACUCCUUCUACGUACGAUCGCUACCCAUGGAACCAGCUCAGGCCGCCGCUUCCGGCGGAAGUGGUCCGGCUCCGUUCUUGUUGAAAACUUACGAUAUGGUUGAUGAUUCUGCUACCGAUGAGAUCGUUUCGUGGAGUGCAAGUAAGAACAGCUUCGUUGUUUGGAAUCCCCCGGAAUUUAGUCGUCUUCUUCUUCCGACUUAUUUCAAGCAUAAUAAUUUCUCCAGCUUCAUUCGUCAGCUCAAUACCUACGGAUUUCGAAAGAUUGAUCCCGAGAAAUGGGAAUUUCAUAAUGACGAUUUUGUGAAAGAUCAAAAGCAUCUUCUUAAGAAUAUCCACCGAAGAAAACCUAUUCAUAGCCACAGUAAUCCUCAAGGUUCUUUACCCGAUUCAGAAAGAGCGGCUCUUGAUGAAGAAAUAGAGAAGCUUUCGCGUGAAAAAUCUCAGCUCGAGGAAAAUAUUUCUCAUUGCAAACAGCAGCUAAUGGAAAAGCAUCAAUUGGAAAAUGUGUCACAGCGGGUGAAUGGCAUUGAGAAAAGGCAAGAAAGUUUGCAAUCUUUUCUAGAGAAAGCUGUUAAAGAUCCAGCUUUCGUAGAUUUUCUUGUUCAGAAGAUUGAAUCCAUGGAUUUCGGAGCAUAUAAUAAGAAAAGGCGACUGCCUGAAGUUGAUUACUCACAACCAGCUGUUGAAAAUGGUUUUGUGGAAAACCAGAGUAGUUCAAGAACCGAAUUCGGGACUAUUUUUCACCAAGACUUCUCAAGUAAACUGAGAUUGGAAUUGUCACCAGCUGUUUCAGACAUUCACUUGGUUUCAAAUAGCACUCAGAGUUCCAACGAAGAUGGAGAAAUUUCGAUUAGGAAAAUAUCUGAACCCGAACUUAGAGGUGCACGAGUAAGAGCAGAAGGCCUCUUCCUUGCACCCGAACCAUUAGAGCUUUCAGAUACAGGGACAUCAUUUGGUUUUAAAAUGGAUUCAUCUUUGUCACGAAAACAGGCAACUAAUGGAACCCCCGGCUUGCGCUCAUUGCAUCCACAUUUGAUUUCUAGCGAAGAAGGCGACGGCCAAAUCUCUUGUCUGUUAAAUCUGAGUCUAGCAUCUUCUCCAUUCGAAGGAAACCACAACAAUCCUUAUUCAGCUGGUGUCUCCCAACUAGGUCAGAGUAUCAAGAAACCACUCGAAUUAAGGUUCGGUGCCAUUCCAAAAGAAUCUGAUAUUAGAGUCUCCACGAUGAAGAAAACCGUGCUUGAUGAAGGUAUAAAUCGAUCCUCUUCCCAAGAGGCUGCAAAUACUAAUCAAGGGUCAGUAGCUGCUCCUGGUAAAGCAAACGACGGGUUUUGGGAACAGUUUCUAACCGAAAGACCAGGCUGUUCAGACAAUGAAGAAGCAAGCUCUAAUUAUCGCGAUCCAAAUGAUGGAAGAUUAGGUAAUGGAUUAUCAAGAAAUUCUAAGAAUGUAGAACAGCUUACACUUUGAACACCGAAAUAGGAGUCUUCGAGCGAUCGGUGAAGGUAACUAAAAUCCUAAACACAUUGCCUAAUUUGUUUGAUGUUUAACCUAAAAUCCAUUUCUUGGUCCCUACUAUAGAUUGUGUUUAUGGCCAUUGAAGUAUAGAAUUGACACAAGCAUUGUACAAAUUUAUUAAGUAUAUCAUGUAAAUUUUUUCAACUCUAUAAUUAGGUAUGAUCAAGAUUUCAUUUUACAUUUACAUAUAAGUACUUUUCACCAAUCCAUUGUAAUUUGUAAGAGUAAUUUUAGUUGAUUUUUAUGGUUUGUAACAUAGUUGAGCUAUUGUUGAAGAAGAUUAUGUUAGAAAGCAAUUACUGAUAAAA